AAUGCACCUUAAACUGAAUUUUUGCAAGUCAUAGACGGCAAAACCUGUGACACUUCUCCGUAGACAGAGUGUGCAGGUUUGAAGUAGAAGAUGCAUUUGAGCGAGAACGAGGGGAUAGAGAACAAAACCUUUGUGGUGACUGGCGGGCUGGGCUUCGUGGGUUCAGCCCUCUGUUUGGAGCUUGUCAGAAGAGGAGCCCGUCGAGUUCGGGCCUUUGACUUUCGGCCCGAGUCACCAUGGUCUGACGAUCUCCGUCGUCAGGGAGUUACCUGUAUUCGAGGGGAUGUUUCCAAGAAACAAGAUGUAGUAAAGGCUUUAGAUGGAGCAGAUUGUGUUUUCCACCUUGCUUCAUAUGGCAUGUCUGGCAAAGAGAUGCUUCAGUAUGGCCGGGUCGAUGAGAUAAACAUAAAUGGAACUUGCCAUGUUUUGGAUGCUUGCCUUGAGCAUGGGGUCAGCAGACUUGUAUAUGUUAGCACAUAUAAUGUUGUAUUUGGUGGAAAAGAAAUCGUAAAUGGAAAUGAAGCCUUACCUUACUUUCCCCUGGACGACCAUGUAGACCCAUAUGGCCGCAGUAAAUCUAUAGCCGAACAACUGGUCCUGAAGUGCAAUGGUCGACCCUUCAAAGAAAGGAAGGGAAGAUUCUACUCCUGUGCAAUCCGUCCUGCUGCUAUAUAUGGACCAGGUGAAGAAAGGCAUCUGCCUAGGAUUCUGAAACUUGCCAAACUGGGUCUUGUGCCGUUCAAAAUUGGGCCAACAAAUGUAAAGUCGGACUGGGUUUACCUUGACAACCUUGUAUUGGCCUUGCUCUUAGCUAGCAUGGGACUUUUGGAUGACAUUCCCGGGAGAGAAGAACAGCCAAUUGCUGCAGGCCAGGCCUACUUUAUAUCAGAUGGGUAUCCAGUCAACACGUUUGAGUUCAUCCGGCCACUACUCAAAAGUCUAGACUAUGACUUGCCAAAGUUGUCAUUGGCUGUACCACAUGCUCUUUUUCUAGGGAAACUUUUUUGGUUUUUCUACUCACUUUUGUAUCCAUUGCUAAGUCGGAGGUGGCUUCCUCAGCCUUUGAUUCUUCCAGCUGAAGUAUACAAGGUUGGUGUGACUCAUUACUUCUCGUUUCUCAAAGCAAAGGAGGAACUCGGGUAUAGUCCAGUGGUCAGUCCUCGAGAGGGUAUGGCUGCAACAAUUGCGUAUUGGAAAGAGAGAAAACGUAGAACAGUGGAUGGUCCAACCAUAUACACUUGGCUUUUUGUUGUGAUUGGAAUGUCAAUGCUAACCUGUGCUGCAUGCAUGCCCGACAUUGGACCUGUUCCCUUAUUUCGAGCAAUUAAUCUUUUCUUCCUACGCUCUAUCGAGAUAGUAAGAGUAGUUUUCCUACUCUCUGUGGCGGCUCAUGUCGGUGAGGCUGUAUAUGCAUGGCAACUUGCAAGAAAGAUCGACCCUGUAAAUGCAAGAGGUUGGUUUUGGCAGACUUUGGCUUUGGGAAUAUUUUCAUUACGUUUUCUGUUGAAGAGAGCUAAAACAUAGGCACAUUUAUGUGGUCGUGUUGCUUGCAUGUACAUUUACAAGAUAUUGUUUUAUGGGAGUUCCGAGAAAUACUUUGAAUCAUGGGAAUACUGUCCCUGAAUUCAAAGCGUCUCUUGUUUGCUGCUUUUCCCGGUCAAGUUCUAUUUGAUUUCUUGAGAUUUAAGGUUUUAACCCCUUGUCAUUGUGAUCCUAUUGCAGACAACGGUUGUAUGUCUAGACAAGCUUUCUCUGUAAAACAACUGAUUAGCUGUAGUCCCUCAUUUGAUCA